UUUUUUACUGUACGGGGUCAUGUGUAACAAUCAGUAAAUCUGCUCACCCAAGUAUUCAGUGAGAACAAGUAAUAGUUCGCUAAUGUACAAAUUUGUCAGAAAAAGUAUUUGUAUAAUGCUGUAGUAUGUCCUUUUCUUAAGGAAAAAAUCUGAAACAGAACAAGCACAAGUGAAAAACCAGUGAGCAGUAACGGCAGUAUGAGUGUCAAAUCGAAAUCCAAAGGUAAAGAACAACAACCUAAAGAAAAAGGGGACGACUACAGAGCGUUCUUAACAGAGGGGAUACUGCGACCAGCGACGUCGGUUUCAACGGCUACAGAUGAGAACCUCGCAUCCUUCCAAAUACUGCCAGAAUAUUUGCAGAAGUGGGCUGCUUCGAGCGACCAAUUGCCAGCGAUCAGCGAUCUUUCUCUUCCUAACAUAUAUCCAAUUCUUGCCAGUGCACUUGGAGUCGACGAUUACCAAUACAACAUGCUCAGUUUCUGGUUUGUUGAUAUUCUCGGUGAAGCAAUUCGAAUAGCUCAAGACGAGCUACAACUUUCAAUGUCAAGUCAAAAACGUAUGGUGGCUUGGUUUGUUAACAUACUUCGUGCUAUUAAAGAGAGAAACCUGUCAAGAGACGAGAUAUACGCACAAGUGCACCUCACAAUUGUGACGGCUGAGGGCCAUUCCCCGUACACGGCACUGGGUGUCCCGUCGCCUGCGGGAUCCACAAAAGAUGAGCCAGAGGUUCCCAGACGUGGAGUAUCCACGGCCCCAAGACCAACGAGGAACUUGCAGUCGGUCGAAAUGUACAGCAUAGCUGGCUUAUUGUGGCACAUAUUUGCUAACCCAUUUCAGUAUGAGAUCAUAAAGAAGGCUUUUUGCGAUGCUCCACCAGUGCAGGACAUAAAUAUACCAUAUGAGCUUAAUCAGCCAAAAACAUACAAGCCACCGCCAGUUCCUGAGAAGAAAGUUGUUACGAAAAAGGCAUCAGAUAAGAAAAAAGGCAAGACUGAAGAGGAAGAACAUACAGAGCAGGAAAGGUUGGAAAUGUUGGAAAAGAUUGAGAGAGAAAAAAAUUUAUACAUUUUGCCACUACGGGAAGCCGUAGAUGAUAAUUACUUUAUAAACCUAUUCAAUGUUGAAAUAGUACCCGAAACGCCAAAGAAAAAAGAAAGGAAUGGAAAGAAAAAAUGAAAACAGGUAUACUUAUAGCAUCAAAUAUAAAAAAAGAUUUCCACUUUUUCAAAGAUGUUAUACCUUAAAUACCUAACAUAACAUAGUCACUGCAGAUAUAAAUAAAUCUCUAAUUAAGCUGG